AUGAACACCCCCGCCUUGGACACGGUGGAGGAUUUCGAUUAUGAUCAAGGCGGCUUUCACCCUGUACACCUUGGCGAUUUCUUUGACAACAAUCGUUACCACGUCAUACACAAACUGGGACAUAGAGGAUACGCAACCAUCUGGCUGGCCCGAGACAACAAGAGACGCAGAUAUGUAGCAUUAAAAAUUCUCGCGGCAAGGGUAUCAGAUCAUUCACCUGAGGUGAACAUGACGCGCCUGCAUCGCCCACAUCUGCAAGCUAACAAACUCACCUCUUCGCUUGAGCCCGAAUCACUAGGAGAAAGCCGACAUCAAUUUGCUCCUGAAUUACUUCUUUCAUACAGGGCCGAACGGGAACCACCUAUGCCUAACCUCGCACGGCCGAACGGGAACCACCUAUGCCUAACCUCGCACGUUCGCGGCCCUAGCCUCAGACACUUCGCCACCUCCAUCCACCAACACAAUGGAGGGAGACAACUGGAAGUAUCAAUAGCGAGGAGCAUUUCUUUGCAAGUAGCACAUGGUUUGACCUAUAUCCACCAUACCAACAUCAUUCACGGAGGUAACGCAACCCGUCCAGCCCCACCAUCAAUGGACGGAACAAGACGUUUACCAAAGACUGAGUACCCCUCACAAGCAAUACCUCCUUCACACCGACCUCAUUACGGUCACGUCAACCCUUCCCGCGUACAUGCUAAACGUAUCUCCCGUGUGGCUCUCGCCUCGCCCCACAAUCAUAGACUUUGGUAUCGCCCUUCGCAACGGAGUCUCGUCCCUCGCAACGGGCACGCCCAAGAGUUACCGCGCUCCCGAACUGCUCUUUCACCCAUCCCGAAGGGGCAUCUGACGUAUGAGCCCUGGAAUGCCUGCUCUUCGAGAUCCGCACCGAGCGUCCAUUGUUCGCCUUCAACAGCCAUACAACGAGAAAGGUUUUGGGAGGCCACCUCCCGGACGAGUGACAACCAAAGUUCAGCCCACGCGACGCGCACCCUAGAAGUAUGGGAGAGCCAACGAAUCUUCUUCUGCAGCGAAUUAUGA